CUAGUGCGUCCCUGAACCACCACCGCUUGGCGCGACAGCAUCACCCGACGCGCCUGCCUUUGUGUACAUUGCACUUGCCUUUGUCUGUGGAUAGUUGAAGGCGGGGAGGAAACAGCCUCUGGACACACGACUCAACCUAGGUCCUCUACCACUACGCCGACACAUACUCGACCAAGCAUCCCACCUCGCCCGUCUCCGCCAUGGAGUCGACAAUGCAGCAGCGGCGCGAUGAGAUUCUCGCAAAGAAGGCCAAGUUGGCCGAGCUCAAGCGCCAGCGAGAACUGCGCAAGGCAGAGUCAGCCAGCAGGCAAUCCACGACUGGCAGUCCUCUAGGAGAAGUCCUCUCGCCAACACCCAGACGCAGCGAAGACCUCGACCGCAGAACCGACGUCACCAACCUCAUCAAUAGCAUCCUUGGGGAGAGUAGACCCGGCUCUACCCAACCUGGCUCCCCAGCAGGCGCAGGACGACCAACCCGCCCGACGUCAGUAGUCAGCGCAGGCCAACUAAGCAGCGACAAUGAAGGAUCCACGGGCUUCGCAGCCCUCACCGGCAUGGUUGACCGAGAGAUGCAGACUCUCUCACUGGCCCCGCUAGCGACAGUUUACGAGACCGAUGGCCAGGUCACCACCGAGGUCAAGAAGGAGAAGGAGAUCAUCACAUACAGCAAGGGUGUACAAGCAAGCAUAGAGUGGACCCCAUCGAAAGACCGAGGUAUUGGGGGAAGCGACACAGAGCGCGACGAGAGCCCUACGCGGUCACCGAAGAGCAAGAGGCUGAGCCGGAGACAGAAGGAGAGGGACGAGGAGAUCCGAGCGCAGCUGCGCAAGGAAAUCGAGGAGGAGCUCAAGGUUCUCCAGCAAGCGCCAGAAGAGGGUGCACCACAGCCGGGGUCAGAAGAGAACUUCCCGUUCAAGACCCUCACAAACGAAGAAUUGACCGCUGUCGAAAACUCGGAAGAGUUCAUCGGCUUCGUCGAGCGCAGCACGAAAGUGCUGGAGCGAGCGCUUGACCAACAACUUGGCUACGACAUUUUGGCAGACUACGCAAAUGGUGGUGUAGACGUCGACGAUGACGAUGAGGGUUAUGGUUCAAGUGGAGGCAAGAAGGGCCGCCGGAUCAAGGAGAUUGCACAGUUCUGGGAUGAGCGAUGGAGCAAGAAGAGGAUGAUCUCAGAUCUGGGCUUCUCAACAAAGUUCCCAGAACUCGUCCUUGCCUCAUACACCAAGAACCCAUCCGCUCCACACGAUCCUGACGGUCUCGUACAAGUAUGGAACCUACACAUGCACGAUCGACCUGAGUACAUCUUCCAUGCGCAGUCCGAUAUCCUUACCGCCAAGUUUUCCCCGUUCCACCCGAACCUCAUUGUUGGAGGAGCAUACUCAGGGCAAGUGCUACUAUGGGAUACCCGCGCAAAGUCUGCGCCGGUGCAGAAGACGCCUCUCACUGGCUCUGGCCACACACAUCCCGUCUACUCGCUAGACAUCGUUGGAACACAGAACGCAAACAACAUCAUCUCAUGUUCGACAGAUGGUGUCGUAUGUGGAUGGACUGUUGACAUGCUUUCACAGCCACAGGAGUUCCUUGAAUUGACAUCACCACCGCCAGCCAAGACAGACGACAUGGCAGUGACCAGCAUUGCCUUCCCGCAAUCGGACCCAACCUACUUUCUCGCAGGCACAGAGGAAGGUACCAUUUACCCAUGCCAUCGCUAUGACCGAGCCGGCGCAAAAGCAGGCGUGGACGGUCGCGUCAAGUACGCUGGCCACGCUGCGCCCGUGAUGAGCCUAGACUUCCAUCCCGCCAAGGGUCAGAUUGAUCUAGGGGACCUUGUCCUGUCAUCGAGCGUCGACUGGAGCGUCAAGCUUUGGAAGGUCCGCCCGCCGGCUGCUACAGGCGCUACCAACCCGACACUUCCUGGUGCGACGCAACAAGUAACACCCGUUCUCGACAUUGCACGCGAAGAUCUUGUCUAUGACGUUCGAUGGUCGCCUGUCAAGCCUUCCGUCUUCGCGCUUGUCGACGGAGCAGGAAGCCUUGAAGUCUGGGACAUUAAUGUUGAUGUCGAGGUUCCUGUUCAAUCGGUCAAGCCCAGUGACGGUAAGCGUGGUGCGUUUACGAAUAUGCCAACCGGUCUUGGCUACAUGAACAGGAGUCUGAACAAGUUGGCAUGGGAGAAGAACGAAGGGCGCAGAGUUGCAGUGGGAGGCAUGGAUGGCGUCGUCACCAUCUUCGAGGUGGGUGAUGAUCUUGGAGGUGUCCAGACACGUAGCGAGGAGUGGAGUGGCGUCAAGAGGUUGGUAAACAGGUUGGAAGGUCACGGUGAUGGUACCAACGGGAAGUAAGGUUCUAUUGAAUGUCUCUCAAUGGACACUUUCAGGGCCUGGAGGACGGUUGUGGCAGUGCUUCAAUACCCAUUUCUUUUCAGCGGAGCAUCAUUCUGGAGUCGGCAGUUCACUUUCUACCAUACCCCAAGUAUCACAAAUCCACAUUCUGUACAGAAGACGUGGCCCAGACCACUACAGGUGUGGCGGUGCAACGACGCUCGUAACACAAAUGCGCACGUCAAUUAUCCUAGCU